AUGGCGCCGGCCCUGACGAAGAGGAAAGCCGCCCUGCGGGCCGGGUGCGCGGCGCUGGGGCUGUGGCGGGCCAGCAGCGCCUUCGCCCCGAGCCUCGGGGGUACCCCGACGAGGGAGUCCAAGCUCGAGGACGUCCCCGACGACCUGGGCGCUCUGUCGAAGGCGAAGGACUGUGCCCCGGGCGCCUUCCUCACCCGCGGCCGCCUCGACGCCCUCGGGCUCUUCGUCACCGGCGGCGCGGGCAGCGACGGCGUUCCAGCCGCCCACGGGCGGGGCUUGGACUGCGGGAUCAACGCCCUCCGCCGGGCGACGGUCGCGAUCACCGGGAUGGCCUUCCAGAACGGCGUCGCCGGCACCACCUGGCCAGAGAUGUGGCUCUUUCAGGCCAGGGGCAACGAGCCGGGCUGCCCGGUGACGAGCGCAGGCGCGCGCCUGGCGUUCCGCAUGACCAAGGCUGGCGUCAGCAAUAGCAGCUACACGCUCUGCGAAGGCGAGGACGGCGGCCUCGUCUGGGGCAACAACGGGGUGUACGUGCUGGACCCGGCCUUCAAGCCCGGCAUGUCGGCCGUCACGUGGCUCAGGGCCAGCCGGAAGGGCGAGGUGGCCUUCACGUGGACGUACGUGGGCCCUGCCCCCGGCGAGGAGGAGGAAGCCGAGGCGCCAGGCGGAGCCACGGCGAAGGGCAAGUCCAAGGGCAAAGCCAAGGGUGAGGCCAAGGGCGAGGCCAAGGGCAAGGCCAAGGGCGAGGCCAAGGGCUGGGCCAAGGGCGAGGCCAAGGGCUGGGCCAAGGGCGAGGCCAAGGGCUGGGGCAAGGGCGAAGGCACAAGCACAAGCCUACGACAGCUGGUGGCAAGGCGGCAAGGCGGGCAAGGGGCAGUGGUCGGCGGGCAAGGUGCAGGAAAAGCGCAUCGACCCUGGCGACAAGAACGCCUACACGUGGGAGGAGUUCAAGGCCCAUUACUUGGCCCAUGGCCAGAGUGUGACCAGCUUCAAGGCCUGGUGGGCCAACAUGGCGGUCGCGCCCGACCAGGCGGCGCCCGGCUGGCCCAACCUGGGCCGCGGCGCCGCCGCCGAGGCGGAGCCCGAGAGGCGCGUCGACGCGGACGGCAAGGCGUACACGUGGGAGGAGCUGCGAUCGUACUACGCGUCAGAAUUCACCAAGAAGGCGUCGGAGCACUACUGGGCAGCCCCCGCCCCCGCCCCCUCUGCCGCCGAAGCGCCCCCGCCGCCGCGACGCCGCGGCACGGACGAGCCCCGAGGCUUCCCAGUCAUUCCUGA